UAUGGAAGUCAUGGAGGAGAAUCAUGGGAUCGUGGCCUCUCUCAGUGGUGAUGAUUUGGAAAUUGAGAGCGAGGGCGCCCAUGACAGAAUCCACACAGUGGAGGAGCCAUUGCCACUCUUGGAGUGUGGCGAGAGCUUCAGUCACAGCUCCCAUUCGACUACCCACCAAAGAAAUGCUAUUGAGGAGAAACCCUCUCAGUUCUUUGAAUGGGGAGAAACCUUCUGUUGGAAUGAAAGCCUCACUUCACAGGAAAUAAUUCACACAGGGGAGGACCCACUGAGAUACUUGGAAUGUGGAAAUAGCUUCAGUAACAGUGCACAUCUCAUUUCGCAUCAAAUAACUCACAGCAGGGAGAAACCCUAUCAGUGGUUGGAAUGUAGGGAAAGCUUUAAUACAAGCACAACCUUCAGUAAACAUCAGAGAAUUCACAGGGGGGAGAAGCCAUUUCAAUGCCGAGAGUGUGGAAAGAGCUUCAGCCAGAGCACCCAUCUCACAGCCCAUCGAAUAAUUCAUACAGGGGAGAAACCCUAUCAGUGCUUCGAAUGUGGGCGGAGCUUCAAUCACAGGGCAAAUCUCACAGCCCAUCAAAGGAUUCACAGUGGUGAGAAACCCUAUCAGUGCUCAGAAUGUGGGAAGAGUUUCACUGUGAGGUCCGGUCUCACUUCCCACCAAAGAAUUCAUACUGGGGAGAAACCCUAUCAAUGUGUGAAUUGUGGGAAAAGCUUCAGCCAGAAGGCAAGUCUCAAUUCCCACCAAAGAAUUCACAGUGGUGAGAAACCCUAUCAGUGCUUGGAAUGUGGGAGGAGCUUUAGUCGGAAGCAAAGUCUCACUUCCCACCAAAGAAUUCACAGUGGUGAAAAACCCUAUCAGUGCUCGGAAUGUGGAAAGAGCUUCACUGUGAGCUGCAGUCUCACUUCCCACCAAAGAAUUCACAGUGGCGAGAAAGCCUAUCGGAGCUUGGAAUAUGGAAAGAGCUUCAGUAAAAGCGCCCAUCUCACUACCCAUCAAAGCAUACCGGGAAUAAACCCUAUCAAUGAAUGGAUUGUGGAAAGAGUUUCCUCCAGAGAGCCGAUCUCACUUCCCACCAAAGAAUUCACACAGGCAAGAAACCAUAUCAGUGCUUGGAAUGUGGAAAGACCUUUAGUCACCAUGCCAAUCUCGUGGCACACCAAAGAGUUCGCUGUUGUGAGAAACCUUAUCAGUGCUCAGAAUGUGGGAAGAGCUUCACUGUGAACUUCAGUCUCAC